AUCCUUAGUCCAGACUUAAUGACCGCAGAUCAUAUCUACCCACCUCUUCCACCCGCAAAACCACCGGAGCUUGCUUUUCAAGAUAAACAAUUGAGAGCUGUCUUUCUCCGUCUUUUUACAUCUUUAUUUGCUGGCUAUCGUUCAUGCUUAACUAUCACUCGUAUUCAUCCCAAACCGGUUAUUCAUUUCAACAAGGCUCUUUUUCUUCUGCUCCGAGGUAUCUGGCAUCAGAACGAGUUCUUUGACCGCCUGCUAUCCAGCAUGCGCUUCUAUCAAUUUACUCAAGAACGGGGUCCACCAUUUCGUGUAUGUGAUAUAUUUGAUGAGGAGUAUGAUACAGCUAGAUCUGGAGGUCCUCUUUAUUCAGAUCUUACAUCCCAGUUCUCAACGGUGACGGCGACGGUGACUAAUGGUAUAACAACUCAGCAGAAUCAGCCAAAUCAGCAUUACCAAUCACACCUCCAAGUAAGCAUAUCAACGGCUCCCCAACAGAACCAUUCUUUUCUUCCGAGUAAUCAGAAUCAACUUCAAACUCAUGAGUUAUCUAACCAGGUGUGA